UCGGGGGCGGCAUGCGCGGGAGGCGGCGGCGGCGGCGCGGGGGGUCGCCCCCUUGGCCCGGCCCGACACUGGCCGCCCGGCUGGCCUUCUUCCUGCUGCUGCUCCUGGGAAGCGGCGCGGCCGUCCCACUUCCGCAAGCAGGUGGAGGGGAAGCAGCAGCAGCAGCAGGAGUUGAAGUUCCAUUCUCGUUAAUUAUUCUUUCUUUCUGCACUCUUGCGGUGCUGGUUCUGCUGUCCGUGAACUGUGUAUCCUGUUGUAAAGAUCAAGAGAUAAACUUCAAGGAAUUUGAAGACAACUUUGAUGAUGAAAUAGACUUUACCCCGCCAGCAGAAGAUACACCAUCUGUUCAGUCUCCAGCAGAAGUGUUCAUACUUUCGGUUCCAACUGUUUCUCUGCCGGCUGCAUCACAGUUCCAGCUUCCUACGGAGGAAUCAAAGUUUCAAGUGGCACGUCAGAAUCUAAACUAUAUUCAAGAAAUUGGAAAUGGUUGCUUUGGGAAGGUUCUGCUUGGUGAGGUGUACACAGGCACCAGUGUGGCAAGAGUGAUCGUGAAUGAGCUGAAAGCGAGUGCCGAUCCCAAAGAACAGGAACGAUUCUUGAGGCACGGAGAGCCAUAUUUCAAUCUUCAGCACCCAAAUGUCCUCCAGUGUAUUGGGCAGUAUGUGGAAGCCAUUCCCUGUCUUCUGGUGUUUGAGUUUUGUGACUUGGGUGACCUUAAAACGUACCUUUGCGUGGAGCAGGAGAACAUUAAAGGAGAUUCCCAAAUCAUGCUGCUGCAGAGGAUGGCGUGUGAAAUUGCUGCUGGACUCACUGCUAUGCAUAAGCAAAAUUUUGUGCAUGGUGACUUAGCCUUGCGGAAUUGCUUUCUUACCUCUGAUUUAAAUGUAAAAGUUGGAGAUUACGGAAUAGGAUUCAGUAGGUACAAGGACGACUAUAUUGAAACAGAUGAAAAGAAGCUGGUGCCCCUUCGAUGGACUGCUCCUGAGCUGGUGACUAGCUUUCAAGACAGGCUGUUAACUGCUGAACAAACAAAGUACAGUAACAUCUGGUCCCUGGGCGUCACAUUAUGGGAGCUGUUCAGCGGCGCUGCGGUGCCUUACUCGCAUUUAUCCAACGAGGAGGUUUUGCUGCAAGUCAUCAAAGAGAAGCGGACAAAGCUCCCAGAACCGGUUCUUGAGCAGCCCUGUUCUGACAGAUGGUAUGAAGUUUUGCAGUUCUGUUGGCUGCCUGUGGACAAGAGAGCAACUGCUGAUGAGGUCCACAAGCUUCUGACGUAUCUCCGAAUGCAGAGCCAAAAGGAUUCAGUGAUUGACCCUGAGCAGUGGAACGUUCUAAAGCCCAACACUUCUGACCGGGAAUUGUCAGUGAGCUCUGCCUUUCCGAUUCUGGAUCCCUUCAUGGGCAGCAGGCUUGGCCGCGAGAUGGAAGAGGUCCUCACAGUAACUGAAACCAGCCGAGGGCUCAGCUUCGAAUACAUAUGGGAAGCCGCCAGGCAUGAUCACUUUGAUUGUGGCCAGAUGACUCCUGACGAAGGAGUGGCGUACACAAAUAUCUUCUUCCCGGUGGAAGUUUUUAAGAACAGUCUCUUGGGACAAGAACCUGGCAUGCAGGACCAAAGCGGUCAGGAGACAUCUUUUCAUGUGCCCGGAGAACUUCCCGUGUUCAACGCUCACAAACCUUCUGUUGGCAGUGAUUAUUACAUCCAACUGGAAGAGAAGAGCGGGAACAGAAGCAUGAGUUUUGAUAACCAGAAUGUCACGGCAAUGACUGAAGUGGACCACCUUGAAGUCCCCAAAGACAAAAAUUCUCACUUUGUGAUUCUUGGAGGCUUUGAUAGUAUAGAGUCUGCUACGGAUGGGGACUUUUUCAGUUACAAUAGUAGUUCCGAGGAAGGAGCAAAGCAGCAGGAUAGCCCUUUCCAAAAUAUAUUGGCUGAUGUUUCCAGAGCUGAACAGUUGCCUGAUGAAAGAAAUCAGUUGGAGUUAACUGAUCUGAAUGAUAUUCAUGUAGAGCUUGAAGCAGUUCCCUGUUUGGAUCUAGAGGAAUCAGCAGUAGUUGACCCAGUGAAAAAGGGAAGUCCCAUGCAUGUUUCAGAAAACAAAAGCGUUAACUGGCACGAAAGUGCCAUGCAGGACUCUGGCUUGUUGACUUCGGAAGAGCUGUGCAACAACUUCCUUUUUCUCCAAGAGAAGAACUUGUUAAAGGGGGCAUUUAAUAACAUGGCUGAUGCAGACAACACAAGUACGCUGCAGGCACCAAAUAGGAACUCUCUGGAGGUUGAGCUUAAAGUGGCUGGAAAUAUCCCAACCCCUAAAGAUGAAAGUUUGAUACAAAUAGCCACUGACAAAAGCACAGGUGUUCGGCUUCCAUCCUUUGUGGACAGUCAGGUGCCAUGCAGCUCACCUGUGAUGGAUAAGCAGCAGGUGGCUCCCCUGUUGAAAGCUGGGGAAGACAGUUCCGGCAUAGAAGUGAAUGAUAACUCUGCCAGUAGUAUUCAUGAUUCCUAUCUUGGAAUGGAUCAGGGCUCUGAAGCCAUCUCUAUUGAAACAUUGUCCAUGAAUGCCAAAAACCAACCAGGUGGGACUAGCCCCAUUCAAAGCAUUGUACUCAAUGUUCACGAUCAAGAGAGGCAGAAAAAAACCCAGGAACUUGACUGCUGUAGUGGGGGCUGGGAAGAGCUGAUCCAUGACUUGGGGAGUAAGGAAUCUGGAUUAGAACAGGAUGACAGCUGUCAUUUGGACCAAGGCAAUGGAAAUUCAGCUCAGGUUCAGAAACAUAACACAGAAGUUAUGCUCACAUCUAUCCUCCCUUCAGACCAGUCGAGCACAGACAGCCUGCUAGAAGAUAGCAUGUCAACCACCACGCAGAGCGUAGGGCAAUCUUUAGACACACCAGACUCCUUGGAUUCUGUAGAUGUUAAUGAAGUCUUAGAGUCUUUAGUGAGUCAAAGUCCCCAGAAAAUUUUGCCACCUGAUAAACCUGCUGACAGUGGCUAUGAAACAGAAAAUCUGGAGUCUCCCGAAUGGACUUCACACCUCAUUGGCACCGACUCCAGUGAAGACAUAGAUCUGUCUGUUCUUGGUGACAGUGGUCUUUUGAAUGGAAGGCCGAUGAUUAUCGUGUCUUCAGAUGUCGAGGUAGACACAGCAAAUAUCAUGAAUUGUUUUGAAGAAGCUGCCACGGCUUCUUUGGACAGGCUUCAGAAAUCCUACAGGGAUUCUGCUUAUUUUUCUGAUAAUGAUUCUGAGCUAGACAAGAAAUCUGAAGAGGCUACAAACACACCUGAGGAUCUAAAAACAGUAGUGGAGGAUGGCACUUGUACUGAAUAUUUAGAAAUAAAAAAGUGUGCCAGUGCAGAGAAUCAGCUGAACUGUGAUCAAGUUGCUGAUGCCCAGUUUGCAAAUAACUCAGAUUCACAGCUGGGGUUAGAUGAGAAACUAGAACUCCAUGAUAUAGAUGUAACAGUAUGUCCUCCUGAAGACGGUAAUACAAUUUUACUCCAACCUGCAGUGAGUCUAGAACCUAGCGAUGAAGAUGAAAUCAAACUGUAUGAGGAUUCCCCCAAAGGUGUCUCUUGCACAGGGACAAAUACGGCAGAUUUUGACCCUAUGGGUGAUCUGAAGCUUGCACCUAGCUUAUUGGGCCCCAUUGAAACAUUUGAAAGGUCUCCAUUGUGCCAUUUAGAUGGUCACAAGCUCAAAGAGCCAGAUGUGGAAGGAAAAUACCUGGGUAAACUUGAUGUGUCUGGGAUGCUUGAUCGGUCAUUGGAUGGAGAUGAUGCAGACGAAGAAGAUGAAAACAGUGACGAUUCUGAGGAUGACAUGAGAACUUUCCAUCUGCAUGGACUCAGCUCUGACAGCGAUGAGGAAGUUGUGCAUCAAGUACCAGUAAUCCUUAUUGAUAGGGAUGAUGGAAAACAUCUGAAGAGCUUGCUGAGGUGCCCAAGACCUUUGAGUCAGAACAUUCCUUCUGAAAACUCCCUAAAGAUUGAAAGGAAAGCAGUCACGUUCUUCGAUGAUGUUACCGUUUAUCUCUUCGAUCAGGAAACACCAACCAAAGAACUCGGGAACCGGGCUGCUGAAUCCAACCAUUCGGGCUCCAGCGAAGCUCCUCCUCCAGCUUUGGGUCUUGGUUACUUGAAUAAAUUUACUAAUUCGGAAAGCUCAACUGAUGAAGAAGGUGGAGGCUUUGAAUGGGACGACGACUUCUCUUCUCCAGAACCCUCUUUCAUAUCCAAGGCAGCAAACACUCUCAUCAGUUCCACUUCUUCCCUUCAGACGUCAAAGUACUUCUCCCCUCCGCCGCUGCCUCGAAGCCCUGAGCAAGUCUGGCCACGUUCACUACCUUACUCUAGAUUCACCGUCUCACCGGCAAACAUUGCCAGCUUUUCUCUCACGCACCUUACGGAUUCCGAUAUUGAACAGGGAGGCAACAGUGAAGAUGGAGAGAGAGACUAGGCAGCUGAAUGUGU